CGGCCGCACUGAUUAGCAAAGCAAAGUGUAGUUUCCAGAGCCCGUCAGCGAGCUGCGAAGGACUGCUUUUUAAUUACAUUUUACAACAGCGAACACGCACGGAUAAAAUAGCGCAAGUACUCGGAGUGGAGGUACAUUUCGAGGAGUUGUUCGGAGGCGAGCGGCGGGAGAUAGAAGGAUACACAUGAAUUCAGUGGGAAUGCGGGGAAUUAAAUAGAUACUUAGGCAUUUUAUGUGGCUACAAGUGUGUGGCUCUGCAACCCAUCCUGAGAGCAGACGGAAAACUUGAGUCCCACUUACGACUGACUUCAGCGUUCACGUCUGGAGUGGUAAUGUCUUGACUCGGUGGUCUCUCCAGCCCAGUAAAGGACGAGCCUGUGCAGAGUUGCUGCUAAUGGGAACUCCUGCUCCGCCAUGAGUGCUCGUGAUGGCGUCGGGGGCAUGGGCACCCUGGGCCGGCGGCCGCGCUUCGAGAACUCAGAGUUCACCGUGCGCAUCUACCCUGGCUCCCUGGCCGAGGGCACCAUCUACUGCCCGAUCAGCGCCCGCAAGACCACCACAGCAGCUGAGGCCAUCGAACGCGUCAUUGAGCGCCUGCAGCUGGACCGCACCAGGUGUUAUGUUCUGGCUGAAGUGAAGGAAUUUGGCGGGGAAGAAUGGAUUCUCAACCCCAGCGACUGCCCCGUGCAGCGGAUGAUGCUCUGGCCCCGAGUGGCACUAGAGCACCGGCCACUGUCUGGCGGAGAAGAUUACCGCUUUCUUCUCAGGCAGAAGAACCUAGAUGGCUCGAUUCACUAUGGGGGCAGCCUCCAGAUGUGGCUGCAGGUCACAGAGGAGCGCCGGCGCAUGGUGGAACGUGGCCUGCUGCCACAGCCCGAGGCUCAGGGGGACCACGCAGAUCUUUGCUGCCUGCCGGAGCUCAACGAGCGCUCGCUGCUGGACAACCUGCGCUCGCGCUUCCGCCAGGAAAAGAUCUACACGUAUGUCGGAAGCAUUCUCAUCGUCAUUAACCCCUUCAAGUUCCUGCCCAUCUACAACCCCAAGUAUGUAAAGAUGUAUGACAACCACACUCUGGGAGAUUUGGAGCCACAUAUUUAUGCGGUGGCGGACGUGGCGUACCACGCCAUGCUGCAGAAGGAGAGAAACCAGUGCAUUGUUAUAUCUGGGGAGAGUGGAUCUGGGAAGACGCAAAGCACAAACUUUCUCAUCCAUCAUCUGACCGCUCUCAGCCAGAAGGGUUUUGCCAGUGGAGUGGAGCAGAUCAUCCUGGGGGCCGGGCCAGUACUAGAGGCAUUUGGAAACGCAAAGACAGCCCAUAAUAACAACUCGAGUCGCUUUGGCAAGUUCAUUCAGGUGAACUACCAGGAGAGCGGCACUGUGAGAGGAGCAUAUGUGGAGAAAUACCUGCUGGAGAAGUCGAGGCUGGUCUAUCAGGAGCACAAUGAGCGAAACUACCAUGUCUUUUACUACCUGCUGGCAGGAGCAAGUGACGAAGAGAGGAAAUCCUUUCACCUCAUGAAGCCUGAAGAAUACCAUUACCUCAGUCAGAUGCCAAAGUCAACCCACCAACUGCACUGGGACAGUUACUGUGAUAGUGAACCGGACUGCUUCAACGUUGAAGGAGAAGACCUGAAGCAUGACUUUGAGAGGCUUCAGCAGGCCAUGGAGAUGGUGGGCUUUCUCCCUUCCACGCGCAAACAGAUCUUCUGCCUGCUGUCCGCCAUCCUUCACCUGGGAAACAUCCGCUACAAGAGGAAAACCUACAGGGAGGACUCGAUAGACAUCUGUAACCCAGAGGCGCUGCCUGUCGUCUCGGAACUACUGGAGGUGAAAGAAGAGAUGCUGUUUGAAGCUCUGACGACACGGAAGACGGUCACUGUCGGAGAGAAGCUGAUUGUUCCCUACAAACUUUCAGAGGCUGGUACGGUGCGAGACUCCAUGGCGAAGUCCCUGUACAGUGCUCUGUUUGACUGGAUCGUCUUCAGGAUCAACCACGCUCUGCUCAACAUUAAAGACCUGGAGGAGACCACCAAGAUCUUGUCAAUUGGAGUGCUCGAUAUCUUUGGAUUUGAGGAUUAUGAAAACAACAGCUUCGAACAGUUCUGCAUCAACUUUGCUAACGAACGCCUCCAGCACUACUUCAACCAGCACAUCUUCAAGCUCGAACAGGAGGAAUACAGGGCAGAGGGCAUCAGCUGGCACAACAUCGACUACAUCGACAACACAGGCUGCAUCAACCUGAUCAGCAAGAAGCCCACAGCGCUGUUCCACCUCCUGGACGAAGAGUGCAAUUUCCCUCAGGCCACCAACCAGACCCUGUUGGAUAAGUUCAAGCGGCAGCAUGAGGGGAACAGCUACAUCGAGUUCCCUGCUGUCAUGGAGCCCGCCUUCAUUAUACGACAUUAUGCCGGCAUGGUCAAGUACGGGGUCAAGGAUUUCAGGGAGAAGAACACAGACCACAUGCGUCCAGACAUCGUGGCUUUACUGAAGAGCAGCAAGAACGCCUUCAUCUGCGGGCUGAUGGGCAUCGACCCCUCUGCCACUUUCCGCUGGGCGGUACUCCGAGCCUACUUCAGGGCCCUGGUGGCUUUCAGAGAGGCCGGGAAGAGACACACGCAGAAAAAGCCUGGGCAUGAUGACGCUGCUCCCUGUGCAGUUUUGAAAAGUGUGGAUAGUUUUAGCUUUCUGCAGCACCCUGUGCAUCAGAGAAGCUUAGAGAUCCUGCAGAGAUGCAAAGAGGAGAAGCACAGUGUGACCAGAAAGAGUCCUCGAACCCCACUAUCAGACCUUCAAGGAAGCAACACCAUCAAUGAGAACUCACCACGGAGUUCUCCGGGCCUUGGCUGGAACGGGCGUGUGGGUCGACUCCGAUGCCUUUCCUCCAGCAGCUCCACCACAGAAGAAGACGGCAUCUUUGUCAACUCUGCCAGUAGCAAACUCCUUGAGAGAGCCCACGACAUCCUCAUGAGGAACAAAAACUACAAAUCCAAGCCAGUUCUUCCCAAGCAUUUACUGAACGUCAGGUCACUGAAGUACCUGAGCAACCUGACGCUUCACGACCGCAUCACCAAGUCGCUGCUGCACCUCCACAAGAAGAAGAAACCACCCAGUAUCAGCGCUCAGUUCCAGGCCUCCCUCAACAAGCUCAUGGAGACUCUGGGUCAGUCUGAGCCUUAUUUUGUCAAGUGCAUCCGUUCCAAUGCUGAGAAGCUGCCCUUGAGGUUUAAUGAUAACCUGGUGCUUAGGCAGCUGCGAUACACAGGUAUGCUGGAGACUGUGCGCAUCCGCCAGUCGGGCUACAACAUCAAGUACAGCUUCAAGGAUUUUGUCCAUCACUUCUGUGUGCUGCUCCCAGAGGGCACCAGUGCCACCAGAGAGGGAAUCCAGCAGAGCCUGGACCAGCAGGACCUAGAACCAGAUGGCUACCAAGUGGGAAAGACAAUGGUGUUUCUGCGGGAGGCUGAGCGUCAGCAGCUGCAGGCCCUGCUCCACACUGAAGUUCUCAGACGCAUCGUCACGCUGCAGCGGAGAUUCAGAGCCCGGCUGGAGAGGAAGCAGUUUGUCAGAAUGAGAGCAGCAGCGAUCUGCAUCCAGAAAUGGUGGCAUCUGUACCGGCCUAUAGAAGAAGAAGAGGAGGAGGAGGAGGAUUAUGACCCUAGCGUCCAGGAGGGGGCAGCUCUGUGUCUGCAGACGAACUGGCGAGGUUACAGGGAGCGUCAGAGGUUCAGGCUGUGGAGGGAGGCAGCUGUGGUGCUGCAGAGGGCCUGGAGGUUAUGGCUGUCCCGGCGCUGCACCGCCGCCCUGGGGAUCCAGACGGCCUGGCGCUGUCAUCAGGCCAGAGACGCCUAUCUGCGUCUGUACGCAGCUGUGGAGCAGCUCCAGGCGCUUAGCAGAGGCUUCCUCGCCAGGCAGAGCUUCAGAAAACUGAGAGAGGAGAGGCUGAGGGAGAAGAAGGAGCAGCAGGAGAAGCUGCUUCAACUACAGAAUGGCCAGGUGAGUCCCUCACAAGAGGAAGAGGAGGACUCCCCUGAGAGGAUCAUGGGUUUGGACCUCAGCACGUGGGAGGAUCGCUCCUACGAGCAGCGAGAAAGGAGCCUGCAGGUCCUCAACAGCCAUGAGGGUGCAGUGAAAGAGGAAGAAGGACGAGAACAUUCUGGGACCAGCGGGAGUCCCUCUAAAGUGCAAACUGAAGCACCGGACUCGAUGCAGACCUCGACUGUGGUGGUGCGAGAGAGGUCCAGAACUAUAGACGAGCCCAGCCAGAAAACCACUCGGGCCAAGAGGGAGAGCCGGCGGAUGAGAGAGUUGGAGCAGGCCAAGUUCAGCCUGGAGCUCCUGAAGGUCCGGGCGACCAGCGGGGGGGGCUCGUCCCCCUCGGAGGAGCGACGCUGGUCCCUGGAACUGGUGCCUCCUGCGACCCCGCCUCUUCGCUCCCCGCAAGGCACGCCCGACAGCCAGAGCUCCAAAGGCAGCUUCGAGCUUCUCAGCAUGGAGGACGAGCCACCCAAGGCUGUAGAAGAGAUCACAGACAGCGAGGACCUCUGCUCCCCUGUUCUCCCAGUAGCUCCUGUACCUGAAUUUAAUAUGGAUAUUGUUUCAUCAAGCCGAAUGCCAGUUGAACCCCACAGGACUGAGGUUUCUGAUGCUGUUGUGCAUCCAGGAAGCAAGACCAAAAUUGAUCUACCUGCCCCCUCUGCUCCCACACAUCCGCCCAAACUCGAGAACUACCUCCCUACCUUUUACGUCCCUGCUAGUGAGGGCAGCACAGUCGUGUCCCGUCGUCCUGCUGAAGAGCCCAAACCAAAAACAGAGGUUGUCUCCACCACCACUGUUACCAGGCCUUUUAAAGAGAGGCGGGAGUCAUCGCGUCGACCAGUGGUGGUGGUUAUCAGCAUGCAGAAAGAAACCCCGAUAAGCCAAGAGCUGAGCGAUAUUGUCCGUCCCUUUGUGGAGGUUCGAGAUUCUGCAGCCCAGACGGGGGAGAAAUCAGACCCCACCCCUGUCCCUCGAGCUGACCAGGCCAUCAUAGAGAAGCUAGUGCGACUGAACGAGGAGAAGGAGGUGAGGCAGCGGAAUCAGCGGCAGCAGAAUGAGAAGGAGAUGAUGGAGCAGAUCAGACAGCAGAAAGAAGCUCUGGAGCAGCAGCGUAUUUUCUUCGCUCAGUAUGAGAGAGACAUGUUUGAGAAACAGAAAGGAGAAGCUCUGCAUAAGAUCCAGCAGAGUCGACAGGGCGGAGCAGAUGUUGGUGGAGGUGCGACCUCAGUGAAGCCCAUUAGACCCAGCUCCCUGCUGAUCGAGAAGACAGCAGGGUUAGCUCCUAAUGUCAGAACACGCUCAGUCUCCACCGCCCCAUCAGUGCCCUCUCACCCGGUUGUAAACCUGCAGAACAUUGCCCCUCGCCCUCAGCUGCCCCCUCCACCUGCCUCUGUUUCCAGAGAUAAACGCAGGGAGAACAGGCCUGUUGCUGAAGGGUGGGCACCUAAACUCACCCUGGAGUCUAAAGAUGGAGGAGGAGGAACCAGAGCGAAGACUACAGUCAAGAAGCCUCCAAUCAAUCAAGGCGCUAAAGUUAAUAUGACGGACAAACCGAACAUCUUCUUCUCUCCAAAGGACAAAGUGACCUUUACAAGGUUUGACCGUGAUACUGUCUCUAAAGUAACACCUGCAGUGAUUCCCGGAGAAGGACCCUCACCAGUCCCCAAGCCCUCCAAAGGAGCAAAAGUGCGAGAUGUUGGCAGAGCAGGCCAAAAAAAGAAAGUCCGAAUGGCACGGACCCGCUCCGACUUCCUCACCCGCGUCCCCAUCGUCUCAGUUGGGGACGAUUCAGACGAGGAUGACUAUAACGGCGACACCCCCCGUCAUCACUCUCUUCCCCUCUCCAAUCAGAGCUCCCCGGAGGCGGGCUUAAGAGAGCCCUGUUUCAGUGACUCAGACAUGCCUGCCAGCUCUGAGGAGCAGAAGAAGACACAAAAAGCCAUGUCGUCAGGAGAUCUGGGCAAAGUGGACUCCCUGCGCAAAAACUCACAAGAUGGAAGGGUUCGUAGGAUGCGCUUCUGGGGCAAGACAAAGUAUGGGGAAAAGAAGACUUCCAGAGAAAAGCUGAUCUGUGGUGGUGACUCUUUGGAUGGAGACUAUGGAGACACUGGGCCAUUGCUGGGAGAGGCAGGUCAGGAGAACAUGUCGCCGCCCUGCAGUCCUGAUAUGAUGUUAGAUCGAGGGUUCAGAGACUUGAAGGAGAACAAGGAGCCGUCUCCCAAGGUGAAGCGGCGGCGCAGCGUUAAGAUCAGCAGCGUGACUUUGGAAUCGACUCAGUGGCAGAACGACGCACUGCAGAUCCUCACCUGCACCAACGACUACAGGAGCAUGAACGACUUCCUCAGGAAGAAGAUCAACGACUUGGAUACGGAGGACAGUAAGAAGGACACCAUGGUGGAUGUUGUGUUUAAAAAGGCUUUGAAGGAAUUCCGUUUGAAUAUCUUCAACUCUUACUCCACGGCUCUUGCAAUGGACGAUAAUAAGAGCAUCCGCUACAAAGACCUCUACGCUCUGUUUGAGCAGAUCUUGGAGAAGACCAUGCGACAGGAGCAGAGGGACUGGAGAGAGUCUCCUGUCACAGUGUGGGUCAACACCUUUAAAGUGUUCCUGGAUGAGUUCAUGACUGAGUACAAGCCUCUGGACAGCAUAGUCAGCAGGCAGGUACCUAAACCUGAGCGUAAAAAGACGAGGAAGAAGGACACGGAUAUUGUGGAGGAGCAUAACGGACACAUCUUCAAGUCCACCCAGUACAGCAUCCCCACAUACUGUGAAUACUGCUCAUCACUCAUCUGGAUGAUGGACCGUGCCUGUGUGUGCAAAUUGUGCCGGUACGCCUGCCACAGAAAGUGCUGCCAGAAGACGACCAACAAAUGCAGCAAGAAGUUUGAUCCAGAGCUUUCCUCCAGACAGUUCGGAGUAGAGGUGUCUCGUCUGACUAAUGACGAGAGAACGGUGCCCCUGGUAGUGGAGAAGCUUAUCAACUACAUCGAGAUGCAUGGCCUCUACACUGAAGGAAUAUACAGAAAAUCUGGCUCCACCAACAAAAUCAGGGAACUCAAGCAGGGACUCGACACAGAUGUAGACAGCAUGAAUCUGGACGAGUACAACAUCCACGUCAUCGCUAGUGUUUUCAAGCAGUGGCUGAGAGACCUGCCUAAUCCUCUGAUGACAUUUGAGCUGUAUGAUGAGUUCAUACGGACCAUGGUUUUGCAAGAUAAAAAGGAAUUGAUCCGAGGAGUGUAUUCAGUUAUUGACCUGCUAAGCAGAACUCAUCUAAACACUCUGGAACGCCUCAUAUUUCAUCUCGUCAGGGUCUCUUUACAAGAGGACACAAAUCGGAUGUCUGCUAACGCCUUGGCUAUAGUUUUUGCUCCCUGCAUCCUGCGCUGUCCUGACACCAUCGAUCCCAUGCAGAGUGUCCAGGACAUCGGCAAGACGACAGCGUGUGUCGAACUUAUCAUUUGUGAACAGAUGAAUAAGUACAGAGUUCGACUAAAGGACAUCAACAGCCUGGAGUUUGCAGAGAAUAAGGCCAAGUGCAGGCUGACCCACAUUCGCCGAUCGAUGACAAUUGCAGCUAAAAAGGGAAAAGGCCAUGUACAGCGAAUAAGCUACCACACACCCUCGCCUCCAGUUAGUCCGCGGCUGCCAUCUGUGGUGGACCCUGUGAUAGAGGAGAGUGGCUGUGAAGAGGGAGAGGACUCUUUAACCGAAAUCUCCGAGCAUCAGCAGGCAGCCAUGCAGCAGGAAGAGAGAGUGUUGACGGAGCAAAUUGAAAGCCUGCAGAAAGAGAAAGAGGAGUUGACUUUUGAGAUGCUGUCUCUGGAGCCACGAGCCUCAGAUGAUGAGACCCUGGAGUCGGAGGCUUCUAUUGGUACAGCCGACAGCUCGGAAAACCUCAAUGUGGACUCUGAGGGAACCUUCUCGGAUUUCUCUGAGAAAGGUCCAGUAUUGACUUCCCCCUGGCCUCGGAGGUCUGACAUGACGAGCCCCCGCCGGCGUGCUCUCCGCAGGCAGCCAGAGUCCCUGGACUCUGUUGACUCCAGUGUUUCCUCCUACUCUUCCUCAUCACAUUACCAACCAUCGUCCUCGUCCUCUUCUGCCACCAGCCGGCGCUUUCGUUUCCACUCCAAGUCUCCCUCUGCAGGCUCAGGGCCAGCACAGGCUCAGGCUCUGAAUACAUCUCAAGCCUCUCGAUCCGACUGCUUAGACAUCAACCCUACAGGAGAUCAGGAAGGACAUAGCGAAAGGCCCCAGUUUACCAGCCGAGGCACAUUCAACCCAGAGAGGGGCAAACAGAAACUUAGAGGGGCCAAGCCUUCUUCCCUGAGGCACUCCAGAGGAGGUGGUGGCCAUAGCAGGGACCCUCCAGACAUACCACAGCAGCUUGUGUUGUAUGGCAGUAAUGAAUUCAUGGUAUGAAGGUCACUGCGACACCAAAGCACUCCCUUUCCAACUCCCUGGCAAGCGUGUACAUUCUCAGUGGGAGGUAACGUAAUGGCAACUGAUUUCCAAUCUUCAAAGCACUCUUGCUUCGCUUUUCCUGAAGUCCGCGAUGAAGUGUCCUCAAGGGCCGUGUACAGUGUUUCCAUGUUUGAACUGCCACCCAUGCUCUCACAGUGCCUUGGCAGCUCUUUACUCGGCGCCAAGAGGAGAUGCACUGAGAAGAAGGACAGAGAAAAGGGAACGUUGAAUAUGCAGGAGACCACUCAGCAUCAGGGAAUGUUACCGAGCCUGGAAAACGGAAGAUAAAUGAGAAGAAAUGAGAAGAAAUCCGGCAACAUCAGGCGUCACAGAUGUUACAGUGAACUUAAAGCUCACAAUAAUUAGCUGCUUUAUGAGUUUACAGUUCAUAACAAUCAGUGUAAGCAGCAGUUGCUCUGUUACUAGAAAUUCAUUUUUCCUUAUUUAAUACAUGUUAAUGUCACAGAAAUUCUUUAUAGCAUAUAAUAUACAGGUAAAAAUACUGUACAAAGCCGGAACACCAGCCUCUGCUGGGUAGUUGAAGUUAAAUAUUUAUCUUUUUAUUUUAAAAAUGGUUUUGAGUAUCUUGGAAAGAGAUGUACGGAUUUGGGCAGAGGAUGAUUUGUGUGUGUGUGUGUUCGCGUGUGUGUGUGUGCGGCAGAGCAAGAAAGCAUGAUUGUAUGUAUGUGUGUGAAAGAGAAAAACCACUUCAUGUGUUUUGAGUUUGUGCUGCUUUUUUCCCCCUUACAAGGGAAAUACCGCCAUCAAAGGGACCAAUCAGCUGGUGCGUAUUCCAGCCAAAGGGGAUCCCAGCUCUGUAAAGAAUGUCGGAUGUGUAUAAAAUCCCUGCAUUCACUGCUUAACAGCCAUACAACAAUUGUAAUUGUACAGUACAGUUCAUAUGUACAGUAUAGUGGACAAAUGCCAUUCUAUUCUUGAAACCUAUUGUUUCCCCAUCCACUCCCAAACCCAUCCCCAACCUGUCUCUAAAGUGUUUGCUCAAUAGCAACCAAGAAAAAACAUAAAAUCA